AUGAAAGCAACCCGAACACAUUUUAAUCAAAGAAGCCUGGCAUUCAUUGUGCUUAUAAGUGGUGUUCUCGGUGGUCUUCUCAUUGUUUUUUCGAUUUUAUUACUAUGCAAAUAUUGUUUAAAUCGAAAAAAUUUGAGAGAAACCGAACAAAUGAAACUUUUAUAUGAAACAUUAAAUCAAGCAUCGUUACUCGAUUCAAAUCGUUUAUAUCAUCGUGGUAUUCGAGAAUUCUCACCACUCGAGCCACGUCGAUCAAAUCCACUUGAUCGAUAUCAAAUUGCCGAGUAA